CACCUCUCCACACAUACUGGAUUUUGUGUUUUAGGGAUUCUACUACUAUAUUUUGGUCGCGUUAUAUUAGACCCUCUGGGUCGUUUAUGAAUUGAAAGUGUCUGCCGUUGGCUUGCAGCAUGGUUGACAAUUCUUGUCAAAGCUUCAGGCGUCCUCCAGAGGCACCGGUGUUUACGCCAACUGAGGAGGAGUUUGCCGAUCCGUUGGGAUACAUCGCCAAAAUAAGACCGAUUGCAGAAAAAAUUGGAUUAUGCAAAAUUAAACCACCACCGGACUGGCAACCACCUUUUGCUGUUGAUGUCGAGAAAUUCACAUUCACUCCUAGAAUACAAAGAUUGAAUGAACUUGAUGCCACUUCAAGAAUGAAGCUGAACUUUUUGGACCAGCUUGCAAAGUUCUGGGAGCUUCAGGGUUGUUCUUUAAAAAUACCUCAUGUGGAUAGGAAACUUGUGGAUUUAUAUACAUUAUAUAAGCUGGUUGAAGAGGAAGGAGGAAUGGAUCACAUCAACAGAGAAAGAAGAUGGUCCAGAAUAGCCACAAGGAUGCACUACCCAUCCAAACAAGUUGGAACAACCCUAAGAGCACAUUAUGAGAAAAUUUUAUAUCCAUUUUAUGUAUUUAAGAAAGGAGAUAUCUUCGACUCAGAGAAGUAUAAGAAAGAAGAUGAAAUUAAAGAAGAAGAUGACGUUGACGAUGAGUAUAAACCUAGUGGACAAGAUUAUAAAUCACAUGGUAUCGCUGCUAAAACAGCAGCCGGAGGCUUUAGGAGAAAGAACAAGAAGGAACGAAUGAUAAAGGAAGAGGUCAAACAGGAUUGUCUGUUUUCUUCAUUUAACACAGAUAACCCAGAUGAGGAGCUUGAUAUUGAUUACAAUGUUAAUUCUGAACUUAAGAAGUUACAGUUUUAUGGUGCAGGACCGAAGGCAGCUGUUCCUGGGCAAGAUGAGAAACCCAAACUACCAAAGAACAAGAUGAAAAUGAGAGAUAAGUUUGUAGAUCCAACUGCUUAUACUGGGAUUGAUUUCUACAUAUGCCACAUGUGUAACCGUGGUGAUGGAGAUGAAUAUAUGUUGUUAUGUGAUGGAUGUGACGAUGCCUUUCACACAUAUUGUCUGAUUCCACCACUUGCUGAGGUACCUAAGGGAGACUGGAGAUGUCCUAAAUGUGUUAAACAGGUCUGUUCCAAACCACUAGAGCCAUAUGGAUUUGACCAGUCAAAGAGAGAAUAUACUUUGCAGUCUUUUGGGGAACAUGCUGACCAGUUCAAGUCUAAUUUUUUCAACAUGCCUGUUCAUAUGGUACCAUUAAGUCAAGUGGAAAGUGAAUUUUGGAGACUAGUGUCGAGUAUUGAGGAAGAUGUAUGUGUGCAGUAUGGAGCUGAUAUUCAUGCAAUGGAGAUGGGGAGUGGUUUCCCAACAAAACAAACCAGUGAUUUGUUUCCUGAAGAUGAGGAGUACAUUAAUUCUGGCUGGAAUCUUAACAACCUACCAAUACUUGAACAGUCAGUAUUGUGUCACAUCAAUGCAGAUAUAUCUGGAAUGAAGGUACCAUGGUGCUAUGUUGGGAUGUGUUUCUCUGCUUUCUGUUGGCAUAAUGAGGAUCACUGGAGUUAUUCUAUUAACUAUUUACAUUGGGGAGAACCUAAAACUUGGUAUGGUGUACCAGGUGGUUGUGCAGAUCAGUUUGAAGCAGCAAUGAAAUCACGAGCCCCUGACCUGUUCGAACAGUCUCCAGACCUGUUACAUCAGUUGACCACUACGAUGAACCCAAAUGUACUUAUGGAUCAGGGAGUGCCAAUUGUGAGAGCUGACCAGCAUGCUGGAGAGUUCAUGGUGACAUUUCCAAGAUCUUACCAUGCAGGAUUUAAUCAAGGAUAUAACUUUGCUGAAGCUGUGAAUUUCUGUACUGCUGAUUGGCUCCCAAUGGGAAGAUUAUGUGUAGAGCAUUACAGAAUACUGCAUCGUCAGUGUGUAUUCUCACAUGAAGAACUGGUGUGUAAGAUGGCUGCAGACCCAGAUGGACUUGACCUUGUUGUGGCAGCAAAAACCUACCAAGAUUUACUUAUAAUUGCUGAAAGGGAAAAAGUUUUAAGAAAGAAACUAUUGGACAGAGGAACAAUCGAAGCUGAAAGAGAAGCCUUUGAGUUGUUACCAGAUGAUGAGAGACAGUGUGAUUACUGUAAAACCACUUGUUUUCUUUCUGCCGUUACAUGCUCUUGUGCAGCAAGUAAGCAUUAUAGUUUCCAAAAUGCUUCUCCGGCUAAACAAAAUAAAAUAGUAUGUGCCAACCAUGCAGAAAACCUAUGUCACUGUGACCCUAAAAACCAUGUUCUUCGGUUCAGAUAUACCCUUGAUGAAUUGCCUGGGAUGCUUCACAAACUAAAAGUCAGAGCAGAAUCCUUUGAUAAUUGGACUAAUAAAGUUAGUGAGGCUAUGGAUGCCUCGGGAGACAAUAGACUUGAGUUGAAUGAGAUCAAAGAACUAAUAACUGAAGCUGAUGAGAAGAGAUAUCCAGAAUCAGAACUACUACAAAAUUUGAUUAAUACUGUCAGUGAGGCAGACAAAUGUGCCAGUGUAGCUAACCAGUUAGUCACCAAAAAAGUUAGAACUAGAAAUCGUCAGUCAAAUGAAGGAAAAUAUAUAGCCAAGCUUAGUCUGGAUGAAUUGAAUUGUUUCUAUGAGCAAAUUGCUAACUUGCCAUGCAUUAUUAAAGAGGCUAGACUGGUCAAGGAAUUACUUGAUCAAGUGAUAAACUUCCAGAAAGAAGCGCAGGAUGCUCUGAAUGCAGAAACUCCUGACUCAGAAAAACUUGAGCAGUUAAUUGAGUUCAGUGCCACUAUGGAUGUAGACUUGGUGGAAAUUCCCAGGCUUAAACAGGUUCUACAGCAAGCCAGAUGGUUAGAUGAGGUGAGGGAGACAAUGAGGGAACCUCUGAAUGUGACAUUAGAUGUAAUGAGAAAGUUAAUGGACUCUGGUGUAGGUCUGGCUCCUCAUCCUGCAGUGGAGAAGGCUAUGGCUGAGCUACAAGAACUGUUGACUGUCAGUGAAAGGUGGGAAGAAAAGGCCAGGAUAUGUCUCCAAGCUAGACCCCGACAUGUGAUGGCAACACUUGAAGCUAUUAUAAAGGAAGCAGAGGGCAUCCCUGCCUACCUCCCAAAUGUUACAGCAUUAAAAGAUGCCCUACGCAAAGCUAAGGAAUGGACAAAUAAAGUGGAAACUGUUCAGAAUUCUGAAUCAUAUCCUUACCUUGAUGUGUUAGAGACCCUUGUUAACAAAGGACGGCCUAUCCCAGUUAGACUGGACCAGUUGCCACAAGUUGAAUCUCAGGUAGCAGCUGCAAAAUCAUGGAGGGAGAGAACAGCACGGACAUUUCUGAAGAAAAAUUCUACAUAUACCCUGUUAGAGGUGUUAUCACCAAGGGCAGAUGUUGGUGUUUACAGUGGAGCCAAGAAUAGAAAGAAGAAAAGAGAGGAGAGAGAAAGAAGGGACAGUGAAAAUAAUAACAAUAAUAAUAAUACAGAGUAUAAAGUGGAAGAACAAAGAGAUCCUGCUGCAAUUGUGGCAGCUUUUAAAAAUGCUGAAUACAAAGAAUAUGAAGCGAUGAGAGAAUUGCGUCAAAUCAACUUGGGGAAACUUAACCAAUCUCAAUAUGAAGUCAAGUAUUGUAUCUGUAGAAAGGCAGCCGCUGGCUUUAUGUUACAAUGUGAAUUAUGUAAAGAUUGGUUCCAUGGAACAUGUGUACCAUUACCUAAAUCAGCAAAUAUCAAGAACAAAUCAGCUCAAGCUGCAGCAGUGCAGGCAGCUAAAGAUCUCAAAUUCCUCUGUCCAUUGUGUUUACGUUCUCGGAGACCGAGACUAGAGACAAUUCUGUCAUUGCUUGUGUCCUUACAAAAACUUCCCGUUCGAUUACCUGAGGGUGAAGCAUUACAAUGUUUGACUGAACGCAGCAUGGCAUGGCAGGACAGAGCUAGACAAGCCUUAACCACAAGUGAACUAGCUUCAGCUCUUGCAAAACUCAGUGUGUUGAGUCAAAAGAUAGUGGAACAGGCCGCCAGGGAAAAAACUGAAAAAAUAAUAAAUGCUGAACUUCUUAAAGCUGCAAAUAACCCUGAACUCCAAGGUCACCUAGCAAGUGUAACACAAAGUGCAUUUGGUGGUUCAAUAAACUCAGUGAAAAACUCAGAUUCCGGAUUCAAUCUUGACUCGGAUAACCCUUUCUCAAUUCCAUUGUCCCCACCAUCUUUGUCACAGAAUUCAGAUGAUAUUCAGAUGGAAGUAGAAAUUGUCAGUUCUAGUAACCAUACAGGCAUGUCAGAACAUGCUUAUUCCUCAGCAUCUAAAUCUAGUGCUAGUCAAACAGAUUCCCCACGAAAACAUCCCAGAAAAUCACCAUUAAUAGCCAGAUCUGCAGAAGCACCAGUCCUGGAGUUGUCAGAGUCUGCCAAACAUCAACUUGAAGAAUUGAUGAUGGAAGGAGAUAUGUUAGAAGUGUCUCUGGAUGAAACUCAGCAUAUCUGGAGAAUACUUCAAGCCUGCCAACCUAGAACUGAUGGAAAAUUCUUGGAUCUUGAGGAACACGAAUCUCUUAUUUCUAAGGAUCCAAUUGACAAAGAAAAACUUGUUGUCAAAAUCAAAAAGGAAAAAGCAGAUGAUCCAGAAAAGAAGAAAAAGAAAAGGAAAAAGAUCGAUGAGGGAGGGGAUGCAUCUAAACCAAAGAAAAUCAAAGAUCCAAAUAAAGUCAAAAUGAAGGUUAAGAUCAAGAAAGAACCAAGCAAAGAUAAACUACCUGUCAUUAAACAAGAAGAUAUAGCUGAUUUUGUACCAUUAUCAGGAGAUACAGCUGCUGAUGUGGAGCAAAUCAAGAAGACUGUAGAGACAUUUGAUAAAAAUAAGAAAAUAGCUGAUAAACCAAAGAAAAAGAAAAUCAAAAAGAAAGAAGGAGAGGAAAGUACAGAGAAGAAGAAAAGAAAACCAAGGGAAAAGAAAGACAAGAAGAAGAUGCUAGUUGAUGAUAAUGAAGAUGAUGCAGACAAUUGUGCUGCCAUCAAAUGUCUCAAACCUACAGGAGAAGAAGUAAAUUGGGUGCAGUGUGAUCAUUGUGAAGAGUGGUACCAUUUAUUGUGUGUUGGGUUGGCAUCAGAGGAAGUAAAAGAGGAUGAGGAUUAUAAAUGUUUUAAGUGUGGUGACCCAACGGAAACCACUAUCAUACCAUCAAUGUCCGAUAUUGUGAUCAAACAGGAAGUGCAAGAAGAUUUAAUGUGUCAUGAGAGCAUGCCAGACGAGGUUAACUCCUCUAUGUUUAGCCAGGCUCUAGCAAAUCAACAAGACUUACAGCAGAUUGGAAAAGAAGGGGAGGUAAUCGAAAAUGAGGAAGGUACAGGGGAGGUAAAUCCAUCAGUAGUGACUGAACAAAUUAGUUCAGUGCCUAUACCGGAUAUGUCAUGUGAUAUAGAAACUGAAGUUGUCGCAGAAAAUACACCUGAUAUUUCUGAGGAACUGGAACCACAUUGUGACAAUGCAAUAUCAAGUCCGGACUUAGUUCCCCAGUUAAAUUCUGUUGAAAAUGAAGCUAUUAUGGAGAUGCAAGACAUUUCAAGUCAGGAUGUUGGACAUGAUGAAUCGUCAGUGGACAGUCAGGAUGAUAGUCAGCAUACAGAAAGUUCAGUGGACAUUAGUGAAGAACUUACAAGUGUUGUAGAAACUCCGAUGAUAGAGACUGAGGUCAUGUCUGUUGAAACAGAAGAUAGUUGUUCACAGGACACACCAAUCAUUGACUCUCAUAAUGAGAACUUUACAGAAGAAACCUCAUAGACUGCAUACUUCUUGUGAUCUCAUGUUAAUUUUGUAUCAAGUGCCACCCUAUAGGAUGUAAAUUUCAUGUCUGAUUGCCCCCAAAAGCUUAACAUUUAUUUGUUGUAAAUAUCAGAUGUAUGUAUUAGUCAGAACAUGUUGUGUUUGAAGAAGGUGGGCAUUUUUUUUCGCACAUUGACAUUUUGUGAAUACCUCAUUUUUAAUGAUAAUUUGUAUUUUUGUCUCUCAUUUUUUUUUUUUUUUCAUUUUUGCCAUUUAGAAACUGGAACCAGCAUUGUUGAUACUUUUGUUAGGUGAUUGGUCUUGCCAAGUUCAAAAAUAUCGUUUAAAUUUGCACAUUAAUUAAUCAUUAUACAGUGAAUUUGUUACUUAUGGAACUGGCGCAUUGUUAUUAAACCAUUUUUGUCAUUUUAAUUUAUUUUUUUGCAAAAUUUUCCAGCAUAAAUACAUUGCAAUGUUAAAACUAACUUAUUUUGCAUUGAAAUGUAAACUAGCAAUAUGUAAAUAUUUUUUUGUGAAAAAGUACCAAUAUAUUUAGUCAAAAAUAAUUGUUCACCAAAAAUCCUUAUCAACAUGGUUUACAAAAUAACUGGCACUUACUUUCUUCUUUCAUACAUAAUUAAAUAUAAAAAAUGAAAUAAUACUUUUGAAAUUGCUGUUGUUCAUUAGAAAUAACAUGCAAAUCUUCAUGUUUUAGUAUUGGCAGGUAGAACUACUGUAAAUUCAGAAAUUUUCGUAUGCAUCUAUUGUUGAACAAUUAGAAAAAUGUGAGAUUCAUUAUUGGGAAUUCAAGAAAUGCUGCAUAUAAAUAAUGCUAUCAAAUUUAUAAGUGAAUUUUUAAUUUGCAAAACUUAACCCAUCACAAAUUUUGCAAUAAUAAAAACAUCUUAAAUAUUCUGAAUUUACAGUAUCUCUUUGAAGAGGCAAAAAGAGAACUCUGCUAUGUUUGUGGACACCCAAAUCAAGAAAAAAAAUGUCUUUAGCAAUUUGCUAUGGAACAGUAGAUUAACAAUUGAGUAUACACAUUUAUUAUUAGAAUUGACAUAUCCCUGGGUAAAAUCAAUUGUUUUCAUGUACAUGUGAGUACAUGUAAUCUUUAUAUUAUAUUUCUGUAAAUUUAAAGUUUAUAUGUUUACUUUUUUGUUGUUAUAAAUUAUUUUCUGUUUUGUUUUGAUUGAAGUUUUAUUUAGUGUGAUAGAUGUUGUUAUUUUCAGUUGGUAAAAUGUGCUACAGUAUUUUGAAAUUUAAGAUAUCAGAAGUUAAUGUUGGUGUACAGAAAUUAAUGUUGGUGUACCCAGAUUGUCCAUCAUAUCCAAAUUGACAAUGGCAGGGAAAAUUCUCAAAAUAUUAUGUAACAAAUUACAAUUAUUUGGAUGAUUUUUGGUAUAAACUUUGUUAAAAGGAAAUAGUUUUUGGAUCACUGAAAGUGUCAAAUGACUCUGCUGUGGUGUUUGGGUACUCUGAAUAAUCUGGUUACACCUACAUGUAAGUAGUUUGGCAUGGAGCAACAGAAAUUCAAAUUUUUCAAAUAAUAUUGAUUUAAAUGGAUGGGUUAGAAACAUAUUUUUGUUGGACAGUGGUAAUUCUACUUUUCAAUUACUGUGGAUUCAUUUAUUUUCGUGGGUAUCAAUUUUCGUGGAUUGAGGAAAACUUGCAUUUUCAUGGUUAUUUGAUUUCAUGCUUUUGCCAAUCUCUGCAUACAAAGCCUAUAGAAAAUUUGUAAUUCGUUGAACAUUUGAAUUCGUGGUUCAACUGUUUCCACGAAACCCACGAUAAUUGGUAUCCAACGAAUAAUAAUGAAUCCACAGUAAUCCAUGUAUUGUUUAACCUAGUAGUUUUAUACAUGUGUAGGCAGUGGGGCAAUGCAAAAAAAAUCCUUAAUUCCAAGGCAUUUGUUAACAAACAUUGAAGACUCAAAUAAUUCUUAUGAAUAACUUUUACAUUUUAAUUACACAAUGGAUGUAGUGAAACCUGUCAUCAAAACCAAACUCCUUUGGAAUGGAGAAUAUUAUUAGGAUUGAGCAGGUGGAUUUAAAGGGCUAAAGCUUUGAAAUACUAGAAUUCUGUCAAAACUACAUAAAAAUACAACAAACAAAAGGAAAGGAGAGUUAAGGUGGCCGAAGUAUCAGCUUUAGUGGAAUUUUGAUUUUUUUCAAUAAAAUAUUAAUAUUAAAUUAUUAAUUGGUUCAUUCUGUUACAUGUAUAUUGAGUGAAGUAUAUUUUAAAAAUUUAUUUUGAAAAAAAAAAUACUUUUAAUUUCAAUUACCAAAAGGGGGCCUUUACCUCUCCUUUAUAAGUCUUUUGGGACGUAGAUAAAAAAUAACAUUAUGGAAAUACUACUAAAAAGAAAAACAUCUUAUCUGGUAUGAGAUUCUUCAUUAUUCAUUUCAAAAUUAUUUUUUAAUUUAAAUUAUUAGUUUUGGAAAAGAACAAUGGUAAUAGGUAUUUUUAAAUAUUUAUAUUUUUCAUUUAAGAGCAGAAUGUUGGAUUUUGAAUCUAUACAUGUUAUGAUAAGACUUGAUAUUUGAACAUAAUCUCCUACUUUCUAACACCCUUCUAUCUUUUAGUGUGGUAACUUUUUUGUAUUGCUAGAUAAAUUCUCAUUUCAUACAUGACAAAAGAUGGUCAUUUUAUGUUUAAAUACUGUUGAAGUAACUUUUAUAGACAUAACCUUUGAUUUUUGACCCCUAAUAUUCUGAAGAAAGUCCAAAUAUAUCUGUCUUAUUACAUUUUUGGUCCAGCUGUAGUUGUAUCAGUGAUUAGUUGUACUCAUGCUAUGUCCAUCUUAAAAUUAUCUGGGAAUGAAAAAAUAUGUAAUAUCAAUAUUUGAUACAAAUAAAAAAUAAUUGAAAGAUGACAAAAUUUUCUUUUAUGAAGGAAAAGAUAAAUUGACUGCUGUACAAAGUUAACCACUAAAGAGAAACUUUAUUUAAGAACUUCAUAUCUGAUGAGAUAGGUUGUUAUUGAAUAUACAUGUACUUAUAAUGUACUUGACAAUUAGCUGUAUCAGAAUUUAAUGCAUUAUGGGUAAUAUUUAGAAAAGAGUAAACCAAAAGUUAAAUGUCCUAAACAAUGGAAAUUCAACCAAUUCAUUUUAGUAAACAAACAAUGAAAUUACCCAUAAUCCUUUAGAUUCUGAAACAGCCAAUUCCUGAUAAAUAUGUGUAGAUAUGAUCAUAUCAUGUAUAAACAGUCAUUCAUCAGUGCUAUUUGUCCUCUUAAAUAGAUUUCAUUUUUGUUGAAAAAACAACAGUUGAUAAUAAUAAAGUCAGGUUUGUAAAGUG